AUGACCACUCAGCUGUUGGCGUCAGAACUCGCCAACCUGAUUCAAGAGAGCAAACGGAAACACAAUGACUUGCGCCAGGCUGCCGAGAAGUCCCUGGACGAAUUGAAGAACCUGAGGGCCUCCACUGAAGUACAGGCCUCAGAAGAACUCGCCCAGCGCCCAAACUUUGUCAAUCCUUUUAUCAUUGCUUGCGGCACAAAGAAUGUCAAGUUCACGGGGAUUGCCAUUGUCUGUCUCCAACGGCUUAUUGUGUCUCGGGCCUUACCGCGAGCCAGAUUGAGUCAAGUCUUGGAGGCAUUGCAGCAGGCAACCUCCGCCGGCCUUGAUGUCCAGCUCAAGAUUCUCCAGGCUCUCCCAGCUUUGCUGUCCAAUUACUCGGCUGACGUGAAGGGCGACCUCCUGGUUACUGCACUAAACGUUUGCUUUAUCCUACAGUCUAGCAAGAAUGCCAUUGUCAACAACACUUCGGCUGCCACUUUGCAGCAGCUGGUAGUCUCUGUUUUCGACAAGGUUGUUGCUGAGGAUAAGUCUGGGACUGGCCACCCUCCAGUUGGCGAAGUCCCGGGUAGAGAUGGCAACAUCCCGCUCCCGGCCGCGGCCCUGGAUGCGUACAGGCGACCCGAAUAUCUCCGAGUCUCCAGCCUCUUCCAAACGUUUGGGCUCGAGUUGAUCGAGUCGGUCUUGACCAACCAUGCCGCCAUCUUCACAACGCACCCAGAGCAGGCAGAUAUCCUCCGGAUGCGAGUGAUGCCCUUCAUCACCAGCGCUCUCCGUGGUCGGCCAAACUUUGCAACAAGCGUCCGUCUUGUGCGCAUUCUGUACACGCUCCUCCGGCGCCAUCUUGCAAUCCUGCCGACCGAGAGCGGGGACGCACUCGAGAUCCUGACCCACCUCUUGGACCAGGACACUACCCUGUGGAAACGAGCGCUUUGCAUGGAGGUGUUCCGAGGCAUCUUCGCAGAACAUGCCUUGCUUCGCCGCAUCUUCAUGCUCUACGAUGCCGAAGAAGGUCAGAAGAACAUCCUGAAGAACCUGACAGCCACGUUCGUCCGCGUUAGCACGGAAAAGCCAUCCGUCAUUGGACUGGGCCAUCAAUCUACCAUCCCGGUCGCCGCCUCAAACACCGGCGCUUCCAGCGACCAGGUGAUGCUUGAGGCGAGCGGCGUGACUGGCAUCAUCUCCAGCUCGGUGGGUCCCGACGGCAACAAUACGGGAAUCAGCUCACAAUGGAGCACCAUGCGGGUGCCCUGCAUCGACCAACUCGAUAAGGCGGACGCUCCCACCAUUCCAGAAUCUUACAUCUAUAGCCUUACUCUGUCUUGCAUCACGUCUCUGUCAGAGGGCCUCGCUAAGUUCAUCCUUCCCCUCACUGUAUCGAGUGAGGGGAGGAGAAAGCGCGUCCCAAAGCCCGAACAGGGACGCAACUCACCCGCUCCCCAGUCUGACGAGACUCCUGACAAGCUGGAUCGAACUGCGUCGUUCAAACGGAAUCCUGUCCCGGUCAACCCGCUUACCCUGGAGAACCAUCCGCUCUACGCAGAGAUUAAGAUUUGCGCUGCGUUUAUCGAGGAGUGUUGGCCCGCCGUCCUUGCAACUUGCUCUACCUUCCUCUACGCCGCUUUGGACUCGGACUACUACCAUGGCCUUGUCCGGGCCUUCCAGAAAUUUGCCCACGUCGCCGGCCUGUUGCAGCUCGCUACGCCCCGUGAUGCCUUCUUGACGACCCUGGGCAAAGCCGCCGUGCCACCGAACGUUCUAACCGCAUGCAUGAACGCUGCUGGCCCAGCCCGGCCGCCACCGAGCCCGGUUGCUGUGGAGGGAUCUGGUAACAUAUUCAGCAACGCCAGAGGGCUCCUCAGUGUCGACAGUCUUGUCAGCCCUUCGCUUCUCUCAUCAGAGAAACAGAGGCAGCCUUCAAUGGACGCUAGCGGCGCCACGCUCAACACGCGAAACCUGCUGUGCCUGAGAGCACUGCUGAACCUCGGUAUCGCCCUGGGUCCAACGCUCGCAUCAUCCUGGAGCAUAGUACUAGAGACUCUUCAGCAGGCCGAUUUGGUCAUGUUCUCGUCCGGUAAGGCCGCGGGGAGGACGCCAUUGGCAGCCAAGGGUCCCGACCCCCAAGCUGAACAAGAGGCCAGUGCCCUCCUCGCCAACUUCAAUACCGAAAUUCGAGCUGUCGAGACGGCCGCAUCGCGUCUGUUUGAGAGCACUGUUGAUUUCCCAAAUUCCGCUUUUGUUGAGAUUGUUGGGGCUGUCUGCAACCUGCUGGAACAUGUUGAACCACCCUCGGAGCCGAGCAGUCGUCCACAGUCGCCCCCCUCUACCGGCAGCCUUAAGACACCUCCACUUCCCUCGAAACGAGUCAUGAGCAUCUCGGUUCCUUCCUCGGCGGCGCCGAACCAAGAGAACCAGUUUGGUUUGUCGAAGCUUGGUGACCUCGCUUCCAUCAAUAUCGAGCGCUUGCUAGCUUAUCCACCGGACGAGUCUGGCUGGACGCGCUUGGUGACCGAGCUCAUCGAUGUCCUGGGCUCUGUGUCAAAUACGGCGCCCGUAAGAGCCCGAGCGGCAGAAACGUUGGUCCGCAUUCUGCUAGAGGAAGCAAGCGCCGUCGCUUCCCAGCCAGAUGAAGUUCGGGGCCAGAUCCAGCAUCGCCUCCUUGAGACCUUCCGUAACUCUCUGGCUCCCCUCCAGGCGACCGAACGCCAGGUGUCUUUAGCAAAGCACGCUGUCGAUGUUGACAUUCAUAAAAUCAUCCUCGAAGGGCUCAAGAGUCUCCUGGAGAACUGCGGCGAAUCGCUCAUCAGCGGCUGGGAGCUCAUAUUCGAGAUCAUCGACACCGUCUUCAUCGAACGCAACAUCAGCGCCACCGGGGCAGAGGACAAUAAUCGGCCCAGCCUGCGGCCGAACCUUCUCACCCGCGCUGUUAAGCUAAUCCGGCCAUCGUUUGCUUCUCUUCAGCUAAUCUGCUCCGACUUUCUGCCUUCCUUGCCUAAUGCCUGCUUUCUUAACCUUGUCGAUACUCUCUACAAAUUUUGCACGCAAGAUGACGAACUUAAUGUGGCCUUAACGACUGUUACCUUUUUCUGGGCUAUCUCGGAUUUCCUCUCCGCCAACAGAGAGUCGACGUCGAUUACGGAAGACAUGAUUUCCGCCUCUGGAGAACAGUCGCUAAUCAAGCUCGCCGUUGAGCCUGUAGGGGAGGGCUCGGGCGCGGCAUUAUGGAUGCUUCUACUCCUUCGGCUCACAUCCGUCGCGACCGAUCAGAGACUAGAGCUACGAAAUAGCGCUAUUCAAACCUUGAUGCGAAUAAUGUCAGCAUAUGGCGAGAGCCUGAGCCCGGAGGCUUGGUCCGUAUGUAUGAGGGCAGUCAUUUUCAGUCUUCUCUCCUCAGUUGAGCGCGAGCUGCGCGCCGUUGACAAGCCUUCUGCGAAGGAAAACGGCCCCGAGGAAUGGAGGGAGACAGCGACUGUCGUUAUCAAAGGCGUAUCUGACCUGUUCGGCUCCUACCUGUCCCUCCUGACUUCGCACCAAAGCUUCUCGGAGAUCUGGCGGAACCUCAUUGGCCAUUUCCAGGCCCUCAUAGACCUUGAAAUGCUUGACAUCAAUUCCGCGACCUACAGCGCCGUCCGAGACAUCCUUCACAGGUGUACCGAGCAAGAAAGACUAGGCAUUGGAAAGGAGAGCCUGGACUUGGCAUGGGAACUGUGGUCCCAGGGGAUUCCCGUUCCUAAACACGAGACAGACGGCAAAACCUCGGAUAACCAGAAGUGUUUGCUGGUAUGGGUCGAGGCACUGCUACCACUUUACGAGUUGAUCCGAGAGGAUUUCACGGUGGAGCGAGUUCGUCGCAUGCUUAUCUUGUUCCGCGAUGCCAUGCAGCACGCGACUCCGGGAGCUUAUGCCAGCGACAUCGAGUAUGUCACGCCCCUUCAGGGUAAAAUUCUGGAAGUUUUCCGCAUGGUACGUACGGAUCUACAAGGCGUUCCGUCCGCGAUGGUUGCACAGGUGGCAGAGUUCGUCUCCCUCGCCUUCAAUCAGGAGGAUGUGGCCAAGGCGACCUCCGAGAAGCGCACGUAUGUCGCCAUGUCGAAAGAAAGCAUGACGAUCUUGCAGUCGUUGAUUGUCAAAAACGCCGGAGAAAGAGACAUAUACGAAACCGGCGCGUUUGCCAACGCUUUGUCUGCCCUCAGCCGGCCAGUCAUCCUCAAGUAUCAGUUCAGGAUCGUUACCAAGUCGGUCCAGCCGUGGAGGGUUGCGACGCAGUCGGCCCUGGAAGUGCUCAAGGCAGCACUUCCUCGUCUCGCUAGCAUGGAGUUUCCGCGAGAAACGGUGCAGAACAUUUGGCGGACCAUAGUCUCGAUCGCCAACGGCAUCAUCAGCGCUGAUCUGAGCGAACCCACGGCGGCGACCGCGGAUAUUGCGGGCGACCAAGCAUUCGACAUUGCGUCAUACCGCCAACUGCGCGGGCUUAUCAUCCCCGCACUCGGUUCCGAGGUUGUCCUUGACGAGACAAGAAGAGCAUUCGCCGAGGGCCUGUUUCGCACUUCGAUAAUACACAGUCCCUCGCCGGCCGAGGCGGCCAUCAUCUACGGCAAGCCUGGAAGCGACCCUGUAGGGCUCAGCUCCUUCCUCAAGCCGCGCAACGGGCGCACCAUUGACCCGGCCCCGACGAAGCGCAGCCUGAUGAGUGAAGUCUGCCUCGACGAGCUAUUCGCGUUGGUGGAGGUUCAUGACGACGAGGAAACGUCGUCGACCGCUGGGACCGCUGGGACCGCUGGGACCGCUGAAUCCACCCACGAUCGGCACGUCCGACUAGCCCGCACAGUAGCGCCGUACCUCAUCCUCCGUUGCGCUUUGACGCUCCGCGGCUACGUGGCCGACCAGCCGCUCCGAGGGCGGAUGCCACAGCCGAUGUCGCAGCGCAAGGAGCUGAGUCGCAUCUUGCGGUGUCUCGUUGACUUGCGUUCCGAGCCGGGCUCGAUACCGGACGCGCCCAACGUAGAUAGUGAGACGAGGAAGCACCUGCUGAGGGUGUAUCCGCUGCUGGUUAGUGCCGUGCAGGUUGCGGGAACAGCGGGAGACGUCGAGGUGCUAGGGUUGAUUCGGCAGGCACUGGAUGUCGUGGGCCAGGAAUUCGGUCUGUGA